AUGGUUGGAUUAUCUGAUGAAUAUGAACGAGUCAAGGAUUAUUUGAUCAAUGAUAGAGGGAACCGGUUGUUAGUUACAGGGAUGGCAGGGGUUGGAAAGACAGCUCUUGUUAAGAAAGUAUUUGACGAUCCAUCCAUUCAGAUUCAUUUCGAGCUUCGAGCAUGGGUCAAAGUGGGCAGAAAAUGUGAAUCUAAUGAAACAUUACGAUGCAUUCUAGCUCAAGUGGAUCCCAACACUCACCACCAAAUGCUUACCCAAAGAGACGACGAUGACUACAAGAAAUUACUUGGACUCUUGAAAGAGAGACUCAAGGAUAAGAAAUGUCUGAUUGUGUUGGAUGAUGUAUGGAAAUGGGACACACAAUUAAUGGAUAGCUUGAGAAUAGAGAAUGUGCAAAUUUUGCUUACAAGCAGGCUAAGAAUUCAAAAUUCCCCAAUUUCUUAUGAAGUACACUUGUUGAAUAAAGAAGAAAGUAAGACAUUACUUGGUGAGAAGGUGUUUGGUGAAAAAGGUUUCCCACCUUACCUUGAGGAAUUGGGAGAAAAGAUUGCACAAAAAUGUGAAGGUCUUCCACUCAUGAUAGUAACAGUUGCAACUCUCCUAAGGAAAGCCAGUGAGAGGUACCAAGGAGGUAUCCUCAAAUAUUGGACUGAGGUAGCUGAAACACAACAUAAUUCAAUCUUCGUGGAUGCAUAUGAUCAAAUUGCAGAGGUACUUCACUCAAGCUACGAAUACUCACCUCAAUAUUUGAAAAUGUUAUUUCUCUAUCUGGGAGCUUUCCCCCCAUAUCGUAAUCUUUUACUACACAUCAACCUCAUUUGUUGUAUAAGUGCUGAAGGGUUUCUUGAACCACAUGGAACACAAAAUUUGAAAGAGAAUGGGUUUGAACAAGUUGUGUCUCGUUGCCUGGAGGUGCUUGCUAAAUAUUUCAAUCUUCUUCUGUGGAAUCCUGAACGAUUUUCUUGGUUUUCAAAUGGAGAUUUCCGUGUGCAUUCUUGUUGGCAGCACUUGUGUAGGAAAGAAGCUAGUAGAAUCAAGUUUUUGCAUGUUUUACAAAGUUGCAAUGAAGAUUUGAAAGGUCAGCGUCGGUUGUGUGUCCAUUCCAACACUUUAUUUGCCAUCAAAGAAGUGUAUGAUUCAAUAAAAAGUGAUUGUCCAUCCACUGUUCAUUCUCUCCUCUGUUAUGGUCCUUUUCACCCUUAUCCAGUGCCGGUACAUGUCAUUGAUUUUAAGUCUCUCAGGGUACUACAUGCUUUUAUGGUCCGAUUUUAUCAGAUCCCACCCGAAAUUCUAAAACUAGUUUGUCUAAAGUAUCUUUCCCUAACUUGCAACAAAGAGCUCCCUGUUUCCAUAUCCAACCUUUUACACCUUCAAUUCUUGAUUAUCCAUCCAUAUGUGCACAUUAUAAAGCGCGGAGUUCUGCCAUAUAUGCCAAUGGAAAUAUGGGACAUGCAAAACCUACAGGUUAUUAAUGUCAAGGGAAGGGACCUGCCAACCCCCAAUUCUAAUUCUAAUGCUAUUUUGGACAAAGUCUAUUUUAUUUCAGGCGUGGGUACAAAGAGUUGCACUAGAGAAAUUCUGAAAAGAAUUCCGAAUUUAAGGUGUCUAUACAUUUCUACGGUGAGGAAGCCUUAUGAUGAAGAUGAUGAUAGCAACUCAUUGAGUGGCUUGGCUAAUAUCUCAGAGGAACUCCAGAAUUUGACGUGUCUUUCAUAUGCUGUAGAUCAACCGGAUAUGAAGUGGGAGACUAUGGUUCCUCUUUCAAUGUUCCCAUCAAGUCUUACUAUAUUGAAGUUGAGUGGUUUAGGGUAUCCUUGGCAGUACAUGAACGACAUUGGUUCUGUGCUACCAAAUCUUAUUAUCCUCGGGAUAGAACAUUAUGCCUUUCGAGGCCCAAAGUGGGACAUAGAAUCGAGCUGUUUUUUGAAACUUGAGACACUUGUAAUUGAAGACAGCGAUUUGGUGCAAUUGAGAGCUCAACAUGGAAGCCUCCCAAGGCUUAAGCUCCUGAGCAUACGACAUUGCUACAAAUUAAAACAUCUUGAUUGGAUGCGUGAUUCCUCAAUGGUCAGACCUACAAUUGAAUUAGUAGACUGCAAUCCCUUAGUUUACGCAUCUGUGGAGAAAUUACCAGAAUCUCUCUUUGCAUUUCGUCAUUGA